AUGGCGCAAUUCGAUAUAUCAGGCAAUAUCUCUCACCUCCAUUCCGCAAGCAAACACUUGGAUACAACGCUACGACAGGAAGGUGUUGAGGGAUGCAAGCUUGAAUCGGCAUUGGAACUUUAUUCGCGGUUUUCUGAAAGCGGUGAUAUACAGGACCUAGACGCCGCCAUCAAACUUUUCCGCGAUGAAAUGUCGAGUUUGGCACAAUCGAGUGAUGCCUAUGGGAAAUGCCUUGACACUAUGCCAAAAGCAUUGUGUACCCGAUUUGAGCAAAGGGGCCAGCCAGGCGACCUAGACGAAGCCAUACGUCUGCAUAGAGAUGCUCUGGAAUUGAGACCUCCUCAUCAUCCAGAUCGACCUGGAACUCUGAACAACUUGGCAGCUGCGUUGCAAACACGAUUCUCGCAAGGGGGUCAGUACAGUGACCUUGCCGAAGUCAUAACUCUUAACAGGCAGGCACUCGAUCUUCUUCCAGUCUCGCAUCCUGAACGAUCCAUUGUACUCAAUAAUCUGGCAAAUGCUCUAUGGACCAGAUUCGAACAGACCGGGCAGCAUGGUGACCUAGAUGAGGCUAUACUUACUCAUAGACAAGCUCUUGGACUGCGACCUCCACCUCAUCCCAAACGCUUUGCAUCUCUUAACAAUUUGGCAAAUGCGCUCGUAACUCGUUAUAAGCAGGAAGGUCAGUACGGUGAUCUUGAUGAAGCCAUAUCUCUGCACUGUCAGGCUCUUGAAUCAGCCCCUUUGACAAACCCUGCUCGAAGUUCUUCUCUCAACAAUCUUGCCAAUGCAUUGCGGACACGGUUCGAACGAGAAGGCCUACCAAGUGACCUUGACGAAGCCAUAUCUCUUCAAAAACAGGCUCUUGGACUACUGCCUGUCACCCACAUCGACCGAACAGCAUUUCUAAACAAUCUAGCAAAUGCUUUGGCUUGUCGUUUUAACCAAACCAGUGUGGACAGCGACCUUGAUGAAGCCGUUUCUCUACACAGACAAGUUCUUGGAUCGCUACCUGCGUUUCAUCCCAAUCUGGCAGGAUGUCUAAACAACCUGGCGAAUGUACUUCGAAUCCGAUUCGAGCAUCAAAAUAAGGAUGACGACCUGGAUGAAGCCAUUUCACUGCAAAGGAAGUCUCUUGAGCUGCUCCCUGUUUCCCAUCCUGUACGAUUUAGAUUCGUCAAUAACCUAGCGAACCUUGUUAGGAUUCGGCAUGAACAAAGAGGUCUGCACACUGACCGCGACGAAGCCAUUUCCCUUCAGAAACAGGUUUUGGACCAGAUGUCACCCUCCGAUCCUGAUCUAUCCAGCGCUCUCAAUAACCUGGCUAUCGCGUUAAGAUCCCGAUUCCAGCAAGAACAUCAGCGAAGUGACCUAGAUGAGGCCAUCUCGUUAAACAGGCAAGCUCUUCGACUACGAAUGCCUCCUCACCCGGAACGAGCAAUGUCCCUUAACAAUCUGGCGAAUGUGCUCAAGGAUCGAUUUGAGCAAGAUGGUCAGCAAAGUGACAUAGACGAAGCUAUAUCACUCCACCAGAUGGUACCCGGACUUCUUCCAGCACAUCACCCCAAGCUAUCUUCGUCACUCAGCAGUCUUGCCUCUGCGCUUCAGUCCCGUUUUUCUCAAGGAGGUUCACUGAGUGAUCUCGAUAAAGCAAUUUCUCUUCAGAGACAGGCUCUGGAACUGCAAGCAUCUCCCCAUCCUGAUCGCCCUAUGUCACUCAAUGAUUUGGCCAAUGCUUUACAUACCAGAUUCUCGCAUACAGGCAACGUCAAUGACCUUGAGGAAGCUAUAUCUCUGCAUAAACGUGCCCUGGAACAGCGGCCUCCACCUCAUCCUGACAGAUUCAUGUCUUUGAACAAUCUCGCCAAUGUGCUGCAGACCCGUUUUCAGCGAACGGGCCAAGGUAGCGACCUUGACGAAGCUAUAGCUUGUAACCGGCGUGCUCUUAAAUUGCUUCCUGCGCCUCAUCCUAAACGGUCGGGGUCUCUCGCUAAUAUGGCGAACACAUUGCAGAUGCGAUUUGAGCAAGGAGGUCAGCCAAGUGACCUUGACGAAGCAAUAUCUCUGCAAAGGCAGGCUCUUGAGCUGCGACCACCACCUCAUCCUGAGCGGUUCGCGUCUCUCAGCAAUCUGGCAAAUGUGCUACAGACGAGACACGAUCAAACCGGACAGGACAGCGAUCUCGAUGAAAUCAUCUCUUUGCACCGACAAGCGCUUGAACUGUUACCCUCUCCUCAUUAUACUAGGACCAUGUCUCUUAAUAAUCUGGCAAUUGCCCUGCUAACCCGAUUUCAGAAACGAGGCGAAAAAACUGAUCUGGACGAGGCCGUGGCAUUGCACAAAGAAGCCCUUCAAUUACUACCUUCACACCAUCGUGAUAGACACACGGUUCUCAAUAACUUGGCAUGUACGCUACGUACUCAAUUCUCUCAUGGAGGUCAUGUCAGUGCGCUUGAUGAAGCUAUAUCGUUGCACAGGCAAGCUAUAGAGCUCCAAUCUCCGUCUCAUUUCGACCGAUCGCCUUCUCUCGAUAAUUUGGGAAUGGCUCUGCAUAUCCGAUAUGAGAAUGAAGGUCAGGAAAGCGACCUUGAUGAAGCUAUUUCCCUGCACACUCAGGCACUGGAGCUGAGACCUCCACCUCAUAUCGAUAGAUCCACAUCACUCAACCACUUAGCAAGUUCUUUACUCGACCAAUACAAUCGCGGAGGCCAGCGAAGUGACCUCGAAGAAGCAAUUUCGUUAUCGCAAGCUGCUACUGAAUAUCGGUUCCAGCAUCCUUCGCGGCGUUUUGAUAUGUCGCAGGCAUGGAUUCGUCUUGCCCAAGGAAGUCAGCACGAUUCAUUACUUAAGGCGUAUGAAGCUGCUCUUGAAAUAUUGCCGCAGGUGGCAGCUCUAGCGUUAACUGUCGAGUCAAGGCAAAAGGCCAUGGUAUCUGGAACGGAUGGCUUAGCUAGGGACGCGUCCCGGUGCGCCAUGCGCUUGGGAGACCUGAACAAAUCUGUAGAGUUUCUUGAAGCAGGGAGAAGUGUGUUUUGGUCGCAGGUUCUUUCUCUUCGAUCUCCUUUCGAUGUGCUACGCAAUGUUGAACCGAAUGGCUCAGCACUGGCCGAUAGAUUACAAGCAAUUGCUCGAGAAUUAGAAAUUGGCGGACAUCGUGAAGUUUCAGCGCACCCCCUUGACAACCGCACCAGACUUUCGAUAGACCAGGAAUCGUCUCGUCUCAAUCGUCUCAACGAAGAAUGGGAUGAGAUAAUUAUGAAAGUACGGAAAUUCCCAGGAUUCGAGGAGUUUCUACACCCACCUCGUAUAUCGUCACUUCAAGCUGCCGCCUCCGUACACCCUGUCGUCUUUCUUAUUGCUAAUAGUGAUGAAAGUCAUUGCCUCAUCAUGACAUCUAAGGUCAUUCACCAUAUUCCUCUCCCAAACUUCAAAGCCCCUUUCCUAGAGGUACUUGUUGAAAACGUACGAAUGGCUUCGUCCUCUUUUGUGACGCGGUCAUUAAUCGACAAAACUCGUCGGGUGAUGACAGAGACACUUGGCAAGGAAAGAGGGAUUAGCUAUCAGGAUCCAGAAGACUCGGACGGUAUUUUCAGGUUUGUUCUACAAUUACUUUGGGAAGAGAUAGUCAUGCCCGUUAUUGAAUUUCUUGGUAUCAAGAAACAUUCGGAUGAUAUAUCAGCUAUACAGUGGUGUCCAACUGGUCAUUUCACAUUCUUACCCAUUCAUGCCGCAGGCAUUUAUGACGCUGAUAAUUCAAUCAUUGACUGCGCAGCUGACUACUUUGUUUCUUCAUACACCCCGACAGUUGGCGUCCUUCUUGCUGCGCCAUCUUUAUCUGUGUCGGACAAAUUCAAAAUGAUGGCUGUAGUCCAACCUCAAGAAUUGCCGUCUACAACGAUGGAGUUGAAGAAAAUACGCACCCAUGUGCCCAACGACGCCCUUGUUGCGUUUGGAGUUCCUGGUACACCUGCCUUUGUUGAAACUGUCGCUUCGCUACUGCCUGACGCCUCUAUCGUCCACUUUGCGUGUCACGGCCAUCAAGAUGCAUCGCACCCAUUAGACAGCGGACUACAACUCAAUGAUGGGCAGCUCCGGAUCUCGAGAAUCAUGAAGGAAAAAUUGCCAAACGGUGCACUGGCCUUUCUUUCAGCAUGCGAGACGGCUAUGGGCGAUGCAAAUAUCCCGGACGAGGCAAUGAGCUUAGCUGCCGGUUUGCUAUUUUGCGGAUUCAGGCGUGUAGUUGCUACUAUGUGGAUGAUGAGGGAUGAAGACGGGCCCAGCAUUGCGGAUGCAUUUUACCGUGAGCUUUUCCAAGGUCCGGACGGGAAGAAAACCAACAUACCUGAUGUGACAAAGUCUGCGUAUGCACUUCACAUUGCUGUGAAAGACUUGCGUUCGAGGAAGGUUUCGUUCCGUCGAUGGGUUCCUUUUAUUCAUAUGGGAACAUGCUGA